GGGCAGGUGAGGGGGGCCCGGAGCCCUGGGCAGGGCAGAGGCGGGAGCCCGGCUGCCGGGAAUCCAGAGGCAGUGGGGGGCUGGGGCGCACGGGAGACGGGGAGGGGAGGCGCUUCCCCCCACCCCGGAUGGGGAGCUCGCGUCCUGCGGCGGCUCCCCCGGGCGGAGCGUAGCCAAGCCGAGCUGUCCCCGUGAACCCACCCUCCCCUGCCCGGAGAUGUCCGGGAGGCGCUCGCAGGAGGCACCUGCGGCGGCUGAGGACACCUGGCUCCCCGCCGGCGGGCAGGAGAAAGGGGACGUGCCUUCCGCGCUGGGGCCCCCGAGGAAGAAGAAGCCCAAGUCCGGCUCCUCCGGCCUGCGCUGGGCUUUCAGCUGGCUUCGGGGCAGGAGGCGGAAGAAGAAGGACAGCGGCUCCAGUGCCCCCCAUGGGGCGCCCCCCGCGGAGGGGGAGGCGCCCUCUAAGGGGAAGAAGCAGGAGGAGCGAGCCAAGAAGGGCAAAGGCUCUGCCAAGGCUGAGAACAACAAGAGGCUGAAUGUCCAGUACAAGGCGGGAGAGGAGCGGCCCGACAAUGUCUUCUUCCCCAGCAGCCGUCCGCCGCACCUGGAAGAGCUGCACAACCAGGCUCAGGCAGGGCUCAAAUCUCUGCAGCACCAAGAAAAACAAAAACAGACCAGAAGCGGCUGGGACCACGGAGACAGCAACAGCAUCCAGUCUUCCCACACCUCUGCGGAGGACGAUGAGAUUUCCUUCCGAAGCAGGACCCAGUCGUGCACAACAGAGAAUGCCUCCGAGGACGCCCUCUCCAUCCGCUCAGAGAUGAUCCAGAGGAAAGGUUCCACUUUCCGGCCUCACGACUCCUUCCCCAAAUCCUCGGAGAAGGCAGGGAAGAGGAGGAAGGAGAGGAGGACGACGGUGCUGGGCAUCCCCCAGCAUGUCCAGAAGGAGCUGGGUCUGAGAAACAGUCACGAGCUGAGGAAACGCCCUGGCAGCGUUUCCCCCCGAGAUGGCCCCAUACAGGCUGGGAGCCCCCACAGCCUGGCAUCCCCCCCCUUGGUGAAUGGUGGCGAGGCAGACGGUGGCAUGAUCCACAUCCCUACCAUCAAUGGAAACCUGCAGCCCCCGCCAGCCCCCAAGGGCGGCGCCCGGGUAUCCCUGCAAGCCCUGGAGGAGGCAGAGUCAGACGCAGCCAUCCAGAGGCACAUCAACUGUGUCUACUACGACGACACGCUGCUGGGGAGGAGGACGGCAGCCAAGCUGACUCCCUUGCUGAGGCCGAAGUCACUGGCUGUGCCGGGAAUGACCACCAACCCCAGCCCUCCCCCGGAGCUGCUGGGCCCUGUUAUGUCCAUUUCCCCCCAGGCCACCUACAUGUCCAAGAUCAUUCCCAACGCCAUCCUGCCCCCCAUGGUGGACGUCAUCGCGCUGAGCAGGAGCAGCGUGCGGACGCUGAGCCGCUGCAGCCUGGUUUCCUCCAGCCCGGCCUCAGUCCGCUCCCUCACCCGCUUCUCGGAGCCCAGCGCCCGCAGCCGGGAGCACUCCUCCUCCAGCGACAACUGGAGCCACUCCCAGUCCACGGAGACCAUCGUGUCCGACAGCUCCACCAUCUCCUCACACGGCGGCUCCAACAGCAGGAAGGGGGAGGCCGGGCCACCCAGCGAGGCGGAUACAGCAGGCCGGUCCGACACGGACCAGCUCAGUGUCUACAGCGCCGCGAGCUGCACCAACUCCGGUGGCCAGGCCAGGCCUGUCUACACGGCCCACGGCCUGCUGGCGGUGGGGCCGGGGGGCAGCAGUGGCAGGGCCUCACCUGCCUACAGCACCAGCAGCAUGGCGGACGGCUCGGACACCGUGAGCGUGAGGAGCGACCGCUCUUCCACACGCAGCGUAUCCCUCAGGAAGAUGAAGAAGCCGCCGGCGCCUCCUAGGAGGACCCACUCCCUACACCAAAAGGCGCAGCAGCACCAGCAGGCAACGGGCGAGGGGGGGCAGAAGGUGCUGGGCCUGCCCCCCAAGCCAGAUCCCAGACCCCAGCGUGAGCCGUGGACAGCGCGCCUGGAGAGCCAGAGCCCCCUGGGCGAGGACGAGGUGUUCUCGCCCUGCUCGCUGAGCGAGACCAGCAGCAUCCGCUCCGACAGCCUGGCCUACUCGGCCGACGCCAGCUCCCCCGACGUGUCCCGGUGCAGCCCGGUGCCGGGGGAGAAGCUCCGGAGGGAGGUGGAGGGGGUGGCCGUCAUCCUCAGGGAGCAGCAGGCCACCCCCAGGCAGAGCUCCCCCGAGGGAUUCAAGCGCACCAUGUCGCCCUCCAGUGGCUACUCGAGUCAGAGUGGCACCCCCACCCUCCCCACCAAAGGGCUUGGCCCUCACGCCUCGUCUCCAGGAAAGAGGAGGCCCCAGCCAAAGAAACCGGAGAGGGUCUGCUCGCUGCAGUCCCCUGCGCUGUCCAUCUCCUCCUCACUGACAUCCUUGUCCUCCUCCACCUCUGACCCAGCCCCUGCAGAGACCGUGGCACCCCCAGCUGGCCCGGCCCUGUCCUGGCAGAGUAGAAUGGACAGGUUUAUUAUUCCUCCUCACCCCAAGGUCCCGGCCCCGAUCUCCCCCCCGCCCACCAAGCCUCGGCCCGCAGCGCCUUCUGCCAGCCCCACUGUCUCCUCCCCUGCCCCAAGCACGGCCUGCCAGGAGCCCUCGGCGCUUCCGAAGCCCAGCAGCAGGUCACCCCCUCCAUCUCCUCCUCCUCCCUACCAUCCUCCUCCACCACCAGUGAAAAAGGCUGAGACAAGUUCAGAGGCCCCCCACUCAGAGACUAUUCAGGAGGUGCCUCAGGACCCUUCGUGGCCCCCACCUCCGCCCCCAGCACUGGACGAACAGGAUCUGUCCAUGGCGGACUUCCCUCCUCCAGAUGAGGCCGGCUUCUCCACCCUGCCGGAGCUGCUCCCUGUCACCGGAACCGCAGGGUCUUCCUCCGUUGCAGCCCAGCCAGAGCCUGCGGGCUCAGAGCAGCCAGCCAGCACCAAAGCAGCACCCAGAGGGGAUGGUCCAGGGGCAGCCUCGCUCGCAUUCUCCGCCAAAGUCUCCUCAAGGACUCAGCAGCAACAGGGCCCCUUGGCUGGGUCAGCACUGCCAGCUCCCGCUGCGGAGUUGCCCAUGCCCACCGCCAUGUCCCCAUCAGCCAGAGCAACGCCUGACUUGCAGCCUGGCCAGGCCAAUCCUGCGGUGCCUGCAGCCCCACCUCCCGCACCUGCGGCUCCAGCCUCGCCCACAGCUCUCCAGCUUCAAGCAAGCCUUAAGACGACAACGAAUGGCUCCCGGUUGGAUCCUAAGAAGGAGCCUGUCUCUCGCAGUAAGAGCAACCCCACGCCAAAGGAGGACGCUAACCUCCCCAUCGUCACUCCCUCCCUGCUGCAGAUGGUGCGCCUGCGCUCGGUCAAUGUGGAUGGGCAUGCGCCGGCCGGCCCGGGCAAGCAGACACCUGGCCAGAACGGACAGGGCGCCGAUGGCAUAGGGAAGCAGCCUCAGCAGGUCCCCCAGAAACCCAUCCGCAAAUCCCUGUCCCUGCGGCAGUCCCCUUCUUCCAAAGACACAGUGCCUUUGAACCAGCUGCAAAAUGCUGUACGGCUGAAGACUUCCACCUUGUCCUCCAGAGACGCCCCAACCUCCAGACUGGCGGACCGGACCAACGGCAACAAGCUGACUCUCCCAGGCCACGCAGCCUCUAGCUCGGAGCCUACCGCGGGGGAUGCCAAGGACGGCCAGGUGUCCCCCAUCCACAAAUCACCUGCCUCCACCGCCAGCUUCAUCUUCGCCAAGAGCUCCAAGAAGCUGGUCAUAGAGACCCCAUCUUCCCCAGAGGCCCAGGCCGACCUGAAGAGGAACUUGGUAGCUGAGCUGAUGAAUUUGGCCGGGCAGCGCUCCACAAUCCCAGCAAUGACCCAGCAAGGCCAGGUGCCCCCUGGUAAGCCACAAGCACAGAGGAAAUCCAGCAAGAUCCCACCUCCCAUAGCCAGGAAGCCUUCGCUUGGUAUGGGGCCGCCUCAGUCACCUGUGAGCCCAAAGUCGCAGGGGGAGGAAGUGCUGAACUGUUCCCUACCAGACAGUAAAGCAAAGGCUCCCUCGGCAGAAGAGAACAGGACUAAGAGCGAACUGUCCGUGAACGUGGCCCCCCGAGCCGACAGCAGCAGAGCCGGGCACCUGGCAGGCCCAGAGACGCCAUCGCAGAAUCCCCCUGUAUAAGACAAACGGGAAGAGACAGCCUGAAGGAUGAAGCUGCUGUGCUUGUGCCCCGACCUACAGGAAUACAAAUCUCUCUCAGGGACCUGAGCAGGUGAAAGGAUGAGCGUGGAGCUGGCACGACUGACUGAGUAAAAGGAAGCAAACAGCCUUAGCCUCUGAUGGCCUUGAUGAUAUUUAUGCAAAAACUGGUGUUGGUUUCACUUUCUUCAAUAAUACAGCUUUAUUUUGCAUUUAAAAAAAAAAACAAAAAAAACCUAAGCCCUGUCCUGGGGUCUAGCGCCUCGCCCGUCACUUGUUGGAUUUGCCGGUUUUGUUUGUGCAGGAGGGAAGGCUGCAGAGAAGCCGCUGCGAGGAAUGUGGGGUGGUGUUUUUAUAAGACCACGCUGGAUCACCUGAAGCACAGCCUCUGGGCCAGGACGGGGGGCAGCCUGGGCGGGGAGUUGGCCUGGCUGUGGGCUUGUUUUUCCACGCACGGAGGAUCAGCUCUAUUCUGUGCACCUGAGAUGGCACGAAAUCAAAGCACUUCUUAAAAAGAAGCUGAAGGCACACCCUGAAGGCUACAGACCUGAUGGCUGACGCAUGGCUGGCUGGCCAAGGAGUUCCUCUGCCGGCUUUGCUGCAUGGGACCUUCUCUGAUGUUCCAGGACAGGCACUGUAGUGCUAGAUAUGCCCCCGACUGGCUUUGGAAAGGCACAGCACCAGGCCUGAGGCACAUGGAGGCUGGCAGCAGCUUGGCCUAGGUGUGGUAAACGCCUCUGUCUUGCUGGGUGCCCACCCCAGGCUCAAGGACCACUUCAGUGACAAUGUGCAGGGGGGCGAGUCUGUGCUGAAUAGGCCCUGGCUGAGGGGAUAUGGGGCCCAGAGCUGUUACAGCAGACGAGCCAGGUAGCCGAGGCCCAGCUCCCUCCUGCCUCAGGCUGCCUGCUGUCCCAUCUCUCUCUAGGGCUGUUACAGGACAGUGGGCAGGCAAGGCCAGGGUGCCAGAGGGGAGGCACCAUGUGAGCCAGGCCGCCAGGGCUCCCCACCGCUACUGCUUGGGCAGGGGAGAUGCUCUCAUUCGCUGGGGCCAGUGGUAGUGCGUCAACACCACAAGGAGCCUCCCCCCGCCCCCAUGCAGCUGGGCGGGGGCGCUACCCGAAGGCAGGACUUGGACCCUAGUGUGUUAUGGGGGGCCCUGCCUGACUGGCUCUACUGGCAGGGCCGUCCCGGGGUGGUGCUGGGCUCUGAGAACGGGGGAAGGGGCAGGCCAGCAAGGGCUCCUUGAGAAGUUCUCUUUGGGGGCAGGGAGAAGCAGGGCUUAGGAGGGUCCCUCUGCCAGUCCGGAGGGUGCUGAACGAAUCAGGCUCACGCUGCUUCAUGUUACACGCUGCGGAGGCCCAAGCUACAGUGUUAGUGGCUGAGGAGCUGGAAAGGGAUUUAUAGCCACCUGGCAGCCGAGCAAGCGGUUAAUCGGGCGGGCAGCCUACAGUGCCCCAGCCUCAGGGCCCAGCAAAGCUGCUAUUAGCCACAAGUGGCCCCUGAGGUGAGUGUUCAGCCCCUUUUUCUUUGGGCUGGUUGAAAGCACAAGCCCCAGGCUGCUGCCCUGUGAGUCCGGGGAGGAAUCAGUCACUGCGUGUGCUAACCAGCCAGGACCUGUCUGGGACAGGAGGAAGGGCUUUCCCCCCCCCCACAGUGCCAGCCUUCUGGAUCCCAGGGAGGAGAAUCUGGACUCUGAGGCCAGGCCUUAGGGGCCUCUCCAAGCUCCAUAACCUCCACCCUGAGAGAUUCCACUCCCCUCAUGCUCUGUAAUUUCAGAGCUGUGCUCUCAUCCCAGCCAGGCCCCGUGUGUACAUGGACAGCCCUGGGGAGGGAGGAGAGGUGAGCAGCUUUUCAGAUGCCCUGUAGCAGGGAGUGACACUGGAUGCAGCAUUAAAGGAGACCAAAAGCCUGAGUUUGACAUUCAUCCCUGGUCCCUAGAGCCAGGCACCUUGAUUUCUAUUUCUUUAAAUGUGGGGUCAUGCUUUGAUUUCCUUGAUUGUAAAAACCAUCUGCCUUGAGAAGAUGCAGAGUAACCGUUACAAGCUCUGUGUGUCUUUGGUUAAAGAUGAUGAUUGAAA